AUGGCAGCAGCAGCUGGGGAGGAGGAAGAAGAGGAAGGGGAGGAAAGGGGAGAGGCGCGGGGUGCAGGUGGGGUAUUGAAGGGAGGGAAUGCAGCAGGACGCAAGGAAAAAAGCAAGGAGAGUGGGAGAGCUGAUGGGAGGGCGGAAGGGAGGGCGGAAGGGAUGGCUCAGGGGAAAGGCGGGAGGGGUGUUGAAGGCGCUGCUGCGAGUGGGAGUGGCUUGGAGGCUGUCUUAGGCAAGAGGAAGAAGGCACAGGGGCUUAAGAAUGGGCAGGAGCAAGGGCAGGGCGGGGAAGAGGGCGAGGGAGAGGACGAGGGAGAGGAAGAAGCAGCAGGUGGUGCAAUGAAUGGGUUUAAGAAAUCCCCUUUCAAAUCCGUUGCUGGUGACAGGGGUGCUGAUGGGGGGCUUGCUGUGAGGGAAGGGAAUAAACGAGUGACACGCGCAUCUGCUGCUGCUGCUGCUGCUGCUGCUGCUGCUGCUGCUACAGCUGACGGUGAUGAUGCAGGUGGUGCGAGGAGGAAAGGUGCGAGGGCUGGGAGUGGGGAGAGGGGCAGGGGUGCGGGGAUGGGAGGGGAGGGUGUGGAGGGUGUGGAGGUGGAGAGGGAGGGAGCAGAGGGGGGAGUGGCUGACCUGUUUGAAAUGGAAGAUAUAUCUGAGGCGGAGGAGGUGGAGGUGGAGGAGGAGGAAGAGGAAGAGGAAGAGGAACUGGAGAUGCGGGAAGAGGAGACUGGGGAGGAGGAGGGCGAGGAGGAGGAGCCUUUAACGCAGGAGGAAGAGACUGGGGAGGAGGAGGAAGAGGAGGAGAGACGAGAAUUGCAAGAGGAAGGGACUGAGGAUGAUGGUGAAGAGGAGACAGAAGAGGAGGAGCAGGAGGAAGAAGAGGCAACAGAGGAAGAGGGAGAAGAGGAAAGAGAGGAAGAGCAAGGAGAGAUGGAGGAAGGGGAAGUUGGGGGAGAGGAAGAGGAGGAGGAGGCAGACGAAUCGGAAGAGGAGGACGAGGAGGGGGAAAUGACAAUGGAUCGCAGUCGUGGUGUCAACGCUAGGGGGAUGGGGGUAGGGAGGGGGAGAGGGAGAAGAAGAGCAGAGGAGGAGGAGGGGGAGGAUGAGGAAGAGAGGGAGGAGAGGGAAGAAGGGGAGGAGGCUGAGGGGGAAGAGGAGGAGAAAGAAGAGGGGGAGGAAGAGGAGGAGGAAGAGGAGGAAGAGGUGGAAGAGGUGGAAGAGGUGGAAGAGGUGGAAGAGGUGGAAGAGGAGGAAGAAGAGGAUGAGGUGCAGGAGGUGCAGGUACGGAAGGGCUUGGGUGGGCGCAAGGACGCAGACGGGACAACAGGAGGAGCAGAUAGAGGUGGUGCGAAGUGGAGAGGCAGGCAGGAGAAGGCGCAUGCCACUGUUGGAUAUGGGAGAGGUGGUGCUGCUGGCUCACAUGGGAACAGUGGAGCUGCUGCUGCUGCUGCUGCUGCUGCUGCUGCUGGUGGAAACGGGAGUGGUCGUGCUGCUGGGAAGGAUGUGCGAGGGAAGGGAGGGGUUGAGAGGAAGGAGUUGGGACGAGGUGGCAGGGAGGAAGGGGGGGAUAGGACGAGUAAGGGACUGCGGGAGAUGUUGGAGCAGCGAGCACGGAAGGGAGGGGAGAAGGAGAUGGGAGAUGAUGUGGUGAAAAGGAGUGAGAAUGGUGAGAAGGGCAUUUCUGAUCAUGCUGCUCGUGUUGAGCGUGCUGCUACUCCUUUGCACGGGAAGGGGGGAGAGGAAGGAGAGCAGGAGCAGGGGGGGAUGCGGAGCGGGGGCAGUGUGAAAGGCAAGGGUAAAGCACAAGGAAGGGUGGCAUUUGAUGCGAGGGAUGAGAGGGCGGAGGGGCCUGAGAUAGGGGUGAAUGGGUGGGCAGGGGCUGCGAGAGGUAAGGUGAUGAAAGGGAAGGGGGGAUCAGCGAGUAAGGGACAAAGGCAGAGGGAGGAGGAGGAGGGGGGGGGAGAGGAUGGGGACGUGCAAAAGGAAAGGAGAGAUAUUGGUAGGAGGGGCGGGAAGGAGAAGCAAGUUGAGGGGGCAAAGGGGGCAGCGGUGCAGGGAGUGGGGAAGGGGACGGCGGGGGGAAUGGCUGGGCAGGUGAGGAAAAAGCUGAGCCGUGAAUUGAAAGGGCUUAUGCGAGCUGGACUGCUGAGAGGGUGGGGUGGUGGUGGCGUGGGGGGAGCAGAGAAUAGGAGGGGGUUAGAGGAGGAGCAGGAGGAGGAGGGGAAGGAGGUCGAGGAGGAGGAGAAGGAGGAGGAGGAGAGGGAGGAGGAGGAGGGGAGGGAGGGGAAUGAUGUUGAUGAGGAAGAGGAGGAAGGGGAGGUGCGUGCAGCAUCUCCUUCUGAGAGGGUGGUUAAGGGUGCUAGUGCCGCUGGCGGUGCUGCUGGUGGUAGGGUGGGUGGGAGCGGGUUGAAGAGGCGAAGAGGGGAGGUGGUGGGGUCGGCAGGGAGGAGGAGUAAGAGGCGAGUGGGCGUUGCUGGUGGUGGGGGCGAGGAGGAAGGAAAUGCCGUGGGAGGAGGCAGGUGGGGAGGUGGAGCGCGUGGGCGACCGAGGAGUGAGGAGCAGCAGGAGGAGGAGGAUUGGAGGAAGGAGGUGGAUGCGGUGCAGCAAGAGGAGGAUGUCGAGGAGGAGGAGGAGGAGGAGGAGGAGGAGGAGGAGGAGGAGGAGGAGGAGGAGGAGGAGGAGGAGGGAAGGAAGGCACCGGCCAGAGUUGCACCUCCUUCAGCACCUUUGCCUCAUCCCACUGCUGCUGCCGCGCCUCCCGCUGCUGCUGCUGCUGCCGCCGAGCCUCCUGCUGCUGCUGCUGCUGCUGCUGCCCGUCCUGCUGCCCCAGCUGCUGGUGGGCGGCGAGCAAGGCACAAGUGGACAGAAGAGGAGGAAGAAUUGCUGCUGGUACUCCUUCCGUGCAUUUGUACCGCACACUAUCUCCAUCUCUCCCCCUCGCUCACCCCUGUCUCCCGCUCUCUCCUUCGCUCACCCUCUCCCUCCCUUGCUCGCCCUCUCUCCUUCUCGCUCGCCCUCUCUUUCCCUCCCUCGCCCUCUUUCUCCCUCCCUCGCCCUCUCUCUCCUCCCUGCCCCCAUCAGGAGCUGAUGGAGAGGCACAGGGCUUCGGGGGCCAAGUGGAAGCUUAUCCUGCAGGACGGCCGGUACCGCUUCCACCCCUCGCGCACCGCAGUGGACCUCAAAGACAAGUGGCGCAAUCUGGUCAAGUACAAGUGCUUCUCGCCCUGA